AUGGAUGGCUCCGAUAAAACUCCGUUACUUGAACGCCCGCCGAGCUCUUUGAUAGAUGUCUCGGAGUUCUCGUUCGCCAAGCCCGCAUCCAGCAGGAAGCCGUUUUCUCUCAGGAACGUCUCAAACCAGCAUCCCAUCAGCACAAAUCCAAUUGAGACUGCCCCUGCCUCCAAUGAGCUACUGAAUAGGCAGGUGAUUGUCGACCUGCCUUGGAAUAGGUCUGACACGCCACUCAGUUCUCGUAGCGUCGUCAAAGAUCCGAAACCUGGUAACCCAGUCCCGGCGAGACAACCUUUUCAUGCCCAGCAUGCACACCAGUCUGCGCCAACGAAAGGCCCCGCAAGCGUGAAUCCCGACCAAAUUCGCAUUGAGCACAAUGAGCAGUCGCCUGUGGAACAUGAAGAUGGAGUCUCUGUUUCUCGAUUGCAUGAGCCGAAAGAAGGCGGUGGCCACAACGAAGCCUCCGGGAAUACGUCGAGCGCUGGAAAGCCGCCGCAGGGCGUGGCUGACUUCUACAAGACCAAUGAAGUUGGCCCUGCCUUGCCUAGGGAUGCAUCGGCAACGCUGGAGCGUCGACACGAUCGUGGUAGCCAUGAGGCCACAAUUCUUCUACCACCGAGAGUGCCCCUAAGGCCCGUCAACACUCAACGUACCUCAAAGAGGCAAGGCCACCAUGAAAAAGAGGCACCCAAGAAACAGAUGCUGGUUGUCGGUGGCAAGAAAAAUACUCAGCUGAGCGAGAACGAUCUCUUUGAGCAAUUGAUUGUGAGGAUCAGACAGCGAGAAGAGAGUGAACAAAACGCCACCAGUAUCAGAAGAAAAAUCGAGUCAGAGAAUCGGGCAUUGAAAGAAGCCAACCAGGCCCUACAGGAGCGAGUCAAUAAAAAUCAAGUCCAGUUGGUCAAAGCCUCGUCCGAGUCUAACGGCCAGCGUGCGCUGUUAGAACAGUUGAAGGCGAAGAUGACCACAUACAGAGGUGUGAUCCAUGAGCUUGGUCGUGAAUAUGACAAGGUUCGAGCGCAGACGAUGGAUCUCAAAGAGACUGCGGCCUCACUGGGACAUGAAAAGGUGGAAAUACAAGCCACCCUUGGCGAUCUCAAAUUGCAGACGUCAAAACAAACCGCAAUGAUCGAGGGGCAGAAAGAGAGACUCGCCUCUUCGAAUGGAUCAAUUGCUCUUUUAAAAGAAGCACUGGAGCAUUCAGAGAAAAGGAGCGAUCUUCUCAAGGCCCAGCUGAUGGGUGACAAAAGGCGAAUCGGGACACUUGAGGCCUACAUCCAGAGGGAAUCUGAGAGCCAGGCACGAUGUUUGACCGUCGUCAAAAAAGAACAACGCAAGAUGGCUGAAAAGAUUGACACUAUGUGUGAUCGGUUCAAGAAAGCCUGCUUUGAAGCCCAGGAUUCCAUCCUAACGAAACUGGGUCCGGAGGUAGAGCGUUGCGCCGCUUCAGUUGAGGACUUGAAGAAGCAGUGUUCUGCCGAAACGAUGAAUGCGGAAGAAUUCACCAACAGUGUUCAAAAGGCCAGCUCGCGCUUUGAGUAUCUAGCAGGACAAUUCACAAGCGAUCUCGACAGAACCAACGAGACGAGCAACAAUGUCUUCCAGGCUUUGCAAGAAGGACUGCAAUCGAUCGAAAGCAACCUGGGUCCCUACUCGUCUUUGAUGAAGCAGCUUGCUAGCAACGAGAGCUCCUAUAGCAGUCUCCAGCGGCAUGUUCAAAUCAUUGAACCAGUUCUCGGGAAUCUAGGGGAUUCUGUCAAGGCCGUCGAAACAACCGAAGCAAACCUCAUUCAAGGUCUGCAAAAAUUCAGCCAAAUGCUUUCUGAAGCCAGAAUGCCGGCGGGGAACCCCGUGCUAGAAAAGGAGGUUGCUGCAAAGUUUGCUGAAAAUACGCAGUUACAACUUCAGCUCCAGCAAGCCUUGGGUGAGAAGGAGUCUCUUCAGAUGGAGUUGGAGCGAAAAGUAUCAGAGAACAUCCAAAUCCAGCAUGAUCUCACUGAAACAACUUCCAAUGGGCAGGAGAACAAAGUCAAACUUGCCCGUCUGGAAAUGGAAAAAACAGCACUGCGAGGCGAGUUUGUUAUUCAUGAGCAAAGGAUCCGAGAGGAGCUUUCCACGGCUGGCACACGAUCACAGGAUGAGAUGAAAGGAAUGUAUGAACACAAGAUUGGAGAACUUGAGAUGGUGAAUGCUCGACUGGAACGGGAAACCCAUGAACUCACAUCACAGCUUGCCAAUAACCAAAGCUCUCUGGACGAGUCAAAGAAGCUCGCGGAGAAAAGUCGACUCGAAACAAAUCUGAAGCUCCAGGACACCCGCAUGCAGAUUGAGGAGUUAGAGCGGACUUGCUCCGAGUACGCCGACGACGCGAAAGCCAGCGAAGCUAAGUCACAGAUGACGAAAUCUUCGGAAGCUAGCUUGAAUGCCGAGAAGGAAGCACUCGUACAGCAACUUCACCAGCUGACGAAGAAUAGCGAAGAGCUUCAAACCCAGCUGGCACAAGUGACUCAGUCCCAAGGCAUGAAAGAACGAGCAGCGUUCGACGCAGCGGAAAAGCUCCUGCGAACUGAGAUCGAAUUGGCAUUCAAAGAUCAGGAGCUUAAACUCACGAAGCAUAGCGUCGCUGUUGUUGAGUCGCGGUCAGCGGCCUUAGAGAAGAACCGAGCGGAGGCAGAUUCUGAGAUUCUUUCCCUACUUCAGCGAGCCCAAGAAGCCGAGAGCUGGCAGAUGACGAUAAGAGAAGGGGUUUCAAAGAUCAUGGAAGUGCCACCCAAUGAGCCUUUCGAGGUGACCUGGCGUAAGGUUGAGAAUUCUCUUCAACGUCUGCUCGCGCAGCGUACCACGCAUGAUCCCUUCUGCGUCAAUGCUCUGAAAAAAGAAAAUGUGGUCACAGUUGACGACAGGAUUGACCCUCACGAGCCGAGGAAAUGCGGCACUGGCAAUGAUUUUGCGACUGAACUAAGCGCAAUGCUUUCCCAUGCAAAGGAGAAUGCGGAAACAGGCGAACAAUUACCACACACGGAACGCCAUGUUUCGAUAGUCGGCGAUUGUGUUGACCCACCACGAGAUUCAGUCGUUGAUCGAAGUCAUAUCACUCCCUUCUCGAGCCUGCAUGACAGGGCCGCUCCUGAAUAUGAUGAUCUGUCUGUGUUCAAUGACGUGGCUGAGCUUGAUAUGCUCAUGCUGUGCACACCUGAUCCCCAGGGAUCGUUUGCUCCAAGGACAACAGUUCCAGGUGAGGAGUCUGAAGAGACUUCAAAGUUACCGGCAAUCUCGGAAAAGCGCACCAAGACUACCAAACAGCUCGAGUUGAUGAAUGUCGACGAAACCGAACAGUCUGGGCCUGAUCCUGGGAAGCUUGGUGCUACUCUUGCCGACCAAUCUAUCAAGCCAGAGCAGACCGCCGUGAAGCGAAAGGCAGUCAGCUUUGAAGAAACACAUGCCAUGACUCAGAGCAAACAUGAGAAAACUAGACGACUGUCGGACGCAACUGACCACAGCUCCGGGGUGGAGUCGGAUAGCAAAGAGAUCAAACGAAGCCAGAAACGGACCUACAGUCGUCUUCGCCAAUCCGUUGCCCAAGAAGAUUCGCCUGAUUCUCAGACGCGUGUGCAGUCAGACACCAAGGCUUUGACCGGGGAUCUUCCGCAAGCCCCAAUCAAAUCAACCGACGAUGCGGACAGCGCACCCAAACCCACAAAGAGAUCGCGCAAGACAGGCGAUGACCCGCAACGACGGCUCAGUCCCAAGGGGUUGGCCUUAGGGAGUAGUCGAACCGAAGGAACCAGCCAAGCUGCUAAAGCGCGAGCCCGGAAUAAACGCCGCACUCGAGGCAAGCUGUCUCAUCUCUCCAAGGCAGACCGAACUAACCAUGGAUAG